UCUCCUGUCAUAUCAAGAAUCAAAUGUUAUCAAUUUUACACGAAGGUCUGUUUAAAGUGUGCAAAAAAUCAUGAGAUUCGUGCAGUUUAUAAAAGACGGACUACGGAGAAUAGGCGUCGAGUUAUCCGUUGGUGGAUCUAUAGUAGAUUUGAAUGCUGCCAAUUCAAAAUUUCCAAAUGACAUGAAAAAUUUUCUUGCAGGAGGCCAGUCUCUUCUUAUUGAUGCUAAAAGUGCUGUAGAAAGUGGUAAAAAUGUAAUAGAAAGACAGUCUGUGAAACUGUUAGCUCCAAUUACUGAUCCUGGUAAAGUACUAUGUGUUGGUAUGAACUAUACAGAUCAUUGUCUGGAACAGAAUGCUCCAGUACCAGUGGAACCUGUAAUAUUUAGUAAAUUUGCUAGUAGUAUUAUAGCGAGUGGAGAUGAUAUUAUAUAUCCUGAUGAAACACAGGAACUAGAUUGGGAAGUAGAAUUAGUUAUUGUGAUAGGAAAAGAAGGCAAAAAUGUCAAGGAAUCUGAGGCUAUGAAGCAUGUAUUUGGCUUUACAGUAGCACAUGAUGUUAGUGCCAGAGAUUGGCAGAUGAAAAAGAAUGGUGGACAAUGGUUACUUGGUAAAACUAUGGACUGUUUCUGUCCAUUAGGUCCAGCUAUCGUUAUGAAAGAGGAUAUAAAAGAUCCCCAUAAUUUAAGAUUAACAUGUAGAGUAAACAAUGUAGUAAAACAAGAGGGUAAUACAGAUAAAUUGGUACAUAAAACAGAAGCUGUUGUUGCAUUUAUUUCAAGAUUUGUAACAUUACAACCUGGUGAUGUAAUAUUGACAGGAACUCCACCUGGUGUAGGUGUCUUCAGAAAACCACCAGAGUUUCUAAAGAGAGGUGAUGUUGUAGAAUGUGAAAUCCAAGAUAUUGGUAAAAUUGUAAACAGAGUCGUGUGAUCUAUCUAAACCCAGUAAAACAUAAUGAACUCUGUGAUUAUAGUAUUGUACGUGAUUCUGACUUGAAUGGAUAUUAUGCUCCCCUCU